GUACCAGAACACGGGCACAUGACAGUGGCAACACCGCUGAAAAAAAUGACUCCCCUUUUACUUCUGUGGCACAGAUUCCCUGGCCCCACUCUGAGCCAUGUGACUGUGCUAGCUUCUGUCCCAGAAGUUAAAGUCACAGGGACUCUUCAUUCCUGGAAAGCUAAAAUGAAGAGUCCACUCCCCUAAGCACACAGCCUGGCCAAGUGUUGGGAAGUCUGUGUUGGGGCUGGCUGUAUGGUUUUGUGAUUUGUUUUUAGCUCCGGUCACCUGUGUGUCAUCUAUCCUAGUUUAAACCUGUAUCCCAGACCUUGUGAGCCUUCCCUCCUGCUCCAUGGAAGCUACUGAGGGCAGAGCUGGGCCCCGAAGCCUCACUCAGUCCAGCCCCUGCUUGUGCUACAUCAGCUGUAGACAAGUCCCUUCCUAUCUCUGCCAGUUUGCCUGGACGAGGGCUGAGAGACAUUCAGCGUGUGUCCAGCUUGAGAAUGACUAAAGGAAGGGACCCCAGGCUGGCUGCUGAGAGGGUGAAGCCUCUGCAAAGGGGUUAUCAGCACCUCAGCUGACUUGUCUAUCUUUAGGCUGUUAUUUGUUUGUGGAAAUGGAGCAAUUAGAUGGCGUCACUGAGGCGGGUAGGUGAUACUGCCAGACUCCCCCCAAAGCCACAAUGACGGGGGGUCAUGAAGUAAUGCCCUCACUAAGGGCUUAUGGGUGGAGAGAAGUCUGGAACUGAACCCCAGGCCAGAUAUAGUGUAACUUCUUGUCUCAAAAAACCUCAGGCGUCUGCGACCAUCCCACCUUGAACUCGCCCAGUCUCGCCUGAUCUCGGGAGGGAACGAACCUUGUGUAUGAGGAUCCUGGUCACCUACAAGGUAUAAAGCCUGGCUCCCAUCAUGAGUGCCGAGCUCAAUGUGCCUGUGGAUCCCUCCACCCCUGCCUGCCCUGAGCCUGGCCAGAAGGGCAUGGAUUACCGUGACUGGGUCCGCCGCAGCUACUUGGAACUAGUCACUUCCAACCACCAUUCAGUGCAGGCCCUGUCCUGGAGGAAGCUCUACCUGAGCAGGGCCAAACUGAAAGCCUCCAGCCGGACCUCGGCCCUUCUCUCUGGCUUCGCCAUGGUGGCCAUGGUGGAAGUACAGCUGGAGACACAGUACCAGUACCCGCAGCCACUGCUCAUCGCCUUUAGCGCCUGUACCACAGUGCUGGUGGCCGUGCACCUGUUUGCGCUGCUUAUCAGCACAUGCAUCCUGCCCAACGUGGAAGCGGUGAGCAACAUCCACAACCUCAACUCCAUCAGCGAGUCACCACACGAACGCAUGCACCCCUACAUUGAGCUGGCGUGGGGCUUCUCCACUGUGCUAGGCAUCCUGCUCUUCCUGGCUGAGGUGGUGCUGCUGUGCUGGAUCAAGUUCCUCCCAGUGGAUGCCAGGGGCCAGCUGGGCUCCAGUGGCCACACUGGCUGGCAGGCAGCACUGGUGUCAACCAUCAUCAUGGUGCCCGUGGGCCUCAUCUUCGUGGUCUUUACCAUCCACUUCUACCGUUCGCUGGUGCGGCACAAGACGGAGCGUCACAACCGUGAGAUCGAAGAACUGCACAAGCUCAAAGUGCAGUUGGAUGGGCAUGAGAGAAGCCUGCAGGUGGUAUGAGUGGCCAGGGGCUGCCAGACAAGCACUAGCUGCUGAGAACCACCGCAGCGGGUUGCUAAGCAGGCUGCCCAGACGCCGCCUGAUAGUUCCAGACCAAAGUUUUACUCCCGUCUAAGCAUGGAUAAGGGUCUCUUGGAAUGGAGACACUAACCAGUUCAACAUGGAGGCUGCACCACUAACAGGUGCAGGGCACAUGGCCCUGGGGACUUCCUGGCUUAGGGGCAGGUCCUGGCAAGGGGUCCCAGCAGCACCAGAUAUCACAGGAGAUCCCAGAGAUCUGGACCUUAUAACCAAUAGGGUAGGGCUAUGAGUUCAGAAGAUAGAUUGUGCAGCUGGGGAUGUAGCUCAGUUGGUAACACACUUGCCUAGCAUGCAUAAGGCCCUGGGUUUGAACAUCAGCACUGCAUAAACUGGGCAUGGUGGUGCAGGCUUGUCAUCCUAGUACUAGGGUUGUGGAACCAGGAGGAUCAGGAGUUCAAAGUCAUCCUCUUCUACAUAGUGACUUUGAGGUUAGCCUGGGCUCCACGAGACCGUCAUAACAAGUUGCUCCUGAAUGCAGCGGUAGGCCUGGUGGUUGGUGCUGGAUCAUGGUAACUUUGGUGCAGCUUAGCUUGGUUCUUCCUUCUCAGCCCUGGAGGGAUUGGGGUGGCAUGGCUUGUGGCUAAGGUAGGGAGAGUAGGAGCCUGGGCCACACAGCAGCUCAGUAAGUGUGGCAGGUUGCCAGGCCCUAUGGGAGAUUGCUGAGUGUGGAAGGCCUGGUACGGUAGAAGUGAUAGGUCAUCAUGCAGGGUGCCUAUUUAAAGAAGUCAAGUUCAUGGAGGAUGUUCUGAAAUGCAAAAAGCUGAUUCCCUUUUCCUGCCACCUUGGAGCCUGACUGGUCACAGAUGGUCCACCCAAGUCCCCAAUGGCCCCCAGGUGUUGAAGGAUCUUCUGGGGGCCCUGUGUUAGCCAGGGCCAUCCUGGCCUGCCAGCCACAGACAGAUGUUCCUCGGGAUAGCACUGAGCAACUGCAGGGAAGAGGAAUCCUCAGCAUCUCAUGGCUUGGCCUGCCAGGACACUCAGUGUGUGCAAAUCCCUGCCCCCAUGUUUACACAGCUGUGCAUGAGCUUGGCAUUGUCACUACACACUUCUGGCCACCCAGCUGGCACUGUUGUCUGCACCCCAUGGUACAGCACCUGCUUGUGUGGGAGCUGCUGCACUGCGUACAGCGGGGACACUGUGUUUACUCAAUUUUGCAGUGUCGCUGGCUUUGUCUUAUAUUCUGUAUAUAAAUGGUCAUUGAGCUUCUGCUU